AUGGUUUCGAGGACGGUAACUUCCAGGCGAAGCCUCGUCUUUCUGUUUGCUCUGCUGUCGUUGCAGUCGGUGGAGUCACUUCGAUCAGGAGGGCCCAAGGGAGUUUCUUCGGCGAACCAGCAAGUCCGGUUGGAUGAAUUGAAACUGGAAACUGCCUCCAACGUGCCACAACGACGAAAAAACGUCAAGCAUGUUCUCACAAGAGGCAUGAAACAGAAUCGUCGUAGGGCGCAGAAAGAAAAAGACAAGGAUGACACUGACGAUGAGGAUUCUGCUCCUACUUGGAGUCCGACAUCAUCUCCUACUCGGAGUCCGACAUCAUAUCCCACUCGGAGUCCGACAUCACCUCCCACACCGGCCCCAACCGCUAGAUCAAGGAGCACCAGAGCACCGGGACCGAGGCCAACGAGGAAUUCCUCGACUUCGUCGUCAGGUACACCUGGAGGUCACAGCGUCGGAGGAAUAGUGAUCACUUUACCACCUCAAACGGGAGUUGGAAGCGGUUCACGUGGAGAUCCAGAGCAGUCACUACCCACCAACAAUCCAGCUCUGUCGAUACCGGCAGCGACGCAACCACCAAUGGCCCAACCACAACCAACCAGUGGAGGACUCACCAGUAAUGGCAUCUUUGUUACUUUAUUUCCCUAUGCUGCGACUAUGACUCCGUUGACACCGCCUCCUCAGCAGCAAGCGGCGACUUCAGUGCCCGCUAUGGUAACGAAUGUCCCCCUUCCAGCCAAUCCUGGCACAAGACUGACUCCAUUUCCUACUCCAGAGCCCACUACGAAUCCUCCAACCCGCAAACCAAUCACUCCUGAUCCAACAUCUAGACCAACAGAUGUUCCUUCUGCCUCCCCUUCCAUCUCUCCUACCGGUGAACCGAGCAGUAUUCCAUCACAGCUUCCGACUGGAGCCCCCAUCAAUGAGCCAUCUGGACAACCGACUCAAUCGCCAAGCACGGAGCCAACCCAGCAACCUACUCAGUCUCCUUCAAUAGAACCGUCGUUGGGCCCAUCUGAGUCGCCAACGUUAUCAUCAUCGCCGACACCUUCUCCAUCCAGCACUCCGACUGGAUCCCCGGUCAACUUUCCGACGACGCCUUCCCCCACCAGUCAUCCAAGCGACCAGCCCACCUCUUUCCCAAGUAUAUCCCCGUCAGUCGCCCCCUCAAUGAAGCCGUCAGUCGCACCGAGCCAAGCUCCAACAACCAAUGUUCCCAGUCUGGCCCCCAGUGUCGCUCCAAGCAUGGAAUCAGACAACCCGACGCAUGUCCCGUCAAGUGCGCCUUCGUCUUUGCCCACUAACAGGCCUACUACAAGAGCCCCUCGCGCCACAAGUGCUCCUGUCUCUCGUCCGGUGGUAAACAGAACACCGGAGCCGUCUUACACCAUUGAAGCAGCCCAAGAAGAAACAUCUGCACCAACCCCAAAGCCCACCUAUGGCAUCGACCUUCAAACACUUCCUCCUCCUUCCAAGCCAGCUUCACAGAUUCAAACUCAGGCUUCCGCAACUCUACCGCCCACUGGAGCUGACAGGCCCAUUGCUGACCUGAAUGCCAGUGGUGGAAUCGAUGCUCUCGGGGAAGUCAAGGGAGAAACUACGCUGGAGUUCUCCUUGUGGUUCCCAGACCAUCGAGCUAGUGACUUGGAUAUCAUUAGUGUGGAAAACUCCGUCCUGAAUAGUUUGGAAAUGCUCUUUUGUGACAGGCAUACACCUGCAUUGACCAUUGACAUCAGUGAUGACCUAUGUGUCCUCAAGGACGAAUCAAUUGGGGUCCAAGUGGCUGUCAUCAAAAGUCGAAGCAGCGGAAACCAGGGAACAGAUUUGUUGGUAGACUUGGAUGCAACAGUUUUGUUUGCGCCAUUCGUGUCCUACCUGGAUGAAAGAUUUGUGGUAGAAGGGGAUAAAGCAUUCUUUUGGACAACAUGGAAAGUAUCGUGGGAAGUGUACCAAGUUGGCCGACCCCUGAUGCAAGACGUCUUGACACGACAAGCUGCAAGAGGAGAAGCAUUGGGCUUAGGAGAAGGGAAGCACCUUGUGGGUGCCCAAGAAAUUCAAAACAGGAUGAUGAUUGUUAUGGAAGCAAGCAUUCUGAGUGGAGAAUUUAACGCCAUCCUCAAGACAAGAAUGAUUGGAAUUCCUGUCUUGAGUAGCGUGUUGGGAUCAGAAAUGACAACAUUUCAGUUUUUGGAUCAACCAGGAAUGGACACAGCUGACAACAAUGACAACGACGAGCCGAAUGUCAGUCUUCAGACUGCAGACGAUUCUGAUACGAUGUCCAGCGGAACCAAGACUAUCUUUAUUGGGAUCAUGUGUGCUUGCUUCUUCUUUGCCGUUGCUCUAGGAGUUUACUAUAACUCGUACAAGCCAACAAUGAGAGCAAGAGAAGCUUGGAUGACUGAAAGUCAAAGGCACGGCUUGGAUGCUUCCGAGGUGUGCGCUGCAAUGAGAGACAACACCCAUGCUAGCGGAAGCCUUCAUAGCAGCAAUGAACGUCUAGUCUCAACACAAUCCCCACCAAGAAUUGACUCUCUAGAGGACGGACUCGAGCAGCCCCCACCAGCUAAUGAGAUACCGGAAGAAACCAGUGACGAUGGCACGGAUGCCUACAUGAGCGCUAUCAGCAGUCUUAGUCUUGGAUGGUCUAUGGAGUCAAAAUCAGUGGAGAAAGUAAGCGGUCAAUCGAACGAAGCAGAAGACGUUGGAGACGUGGAAGACGCAGGACAGGUACCACCACCGACUGUAACUGAAGUCCCAGCUGUGGACGUUCUCAGCGACCUUGGCACAGAUGACAGAGCAUCGACAAUGAGCGGUGUUGACUUUGGCUGGUCCCUUGAUGGAAUGGAUGCACACUGGAAACCCUGGACUACCAAGAAGUCCUAA